AUGUUAAGCUCACUAAAAAACAAAUUUGAGCAUUUAAAGGUUUCUGAAAAGGGAGGCAAAGAAUUCUCUACAACCUUACCACAACUACCAUCCUCGAAAGACCUCGAUAAGUCGACCAUUUAUAAGUACCGUUACAAUUAUGGUGUAAAUUUGGGUGCAUUGUUUGUGUUAGAGCCAUGGAUAUUUUCAAAAGAAACUGUGUGCACUGUGGACAAUAAGGAAUAUGACUGUGAAUUUGACGCAAUUUCUCACCACUUGAAAAAACAUUCCAAGGAAGAUGUUGCGAAAAUAUUGAGUGAACAUUAUAAAAAGUACAUCGAUCGAAUUGACUGGAAAUGGCUGUCAGAAGAUGCUCAUAUUACGGCAUUAAGAAUUCCAAUUGGAUAUUGGCACGUCGAAAACGGGAAACAUUUAGAUUCGUUACCGUUCGCCCCACUGAGAAAUGUUUAUGAACUAGCAAAACCCUGGGAGCAACUUGCUGGAUUAAUCGAAACGGCCAAGAAACAUAACAUUGGUGUGUUAAUCGAUUUACAUGGUCUGCCAGGGGGUGCGAAUUGCGAUUCACACAGUGGCUCCAAGAAUUGCGAAGCCGGAUUUUUCCAAAAGGAAAAAUACAUGACCAAAAUGUUCAAAGAUAUUCUACCGGCAAUCGUUGAAACGAUGACUUUGCAUAAUGAGAAUGUUAUCGGUCUUCAAGUGGUUAAUGAAGCAUGCUUUGAUAACAAUGCCAAAGGUGAAAAAUUCUACUAUUCAGAGGCCAUCAACACCAUUGAAAAGCUUCAGCCUGGUUUACCUGUGGUGAUAUCUGACGGUUGGUGGCCCCAACAAUGGGCAGACUGGGUUAAAGAAAAGAAUUUCAGCGAGACGGUGGUCAUCGAUUCUCAUGUAUACCGCUGCUUUUCUGAUUCUGAUAAGUCCAAGGAUGCCAACACGAUUAUAAAAGAGUUGCCUAACACUGUGAAUUUCCCUCGUGAUGAUGCUGAUUAUACCGUCGGUGAAUUUUCUGGUGUUCUUGAUGGACAAACUUGGGACAAAACUUCAGGUGACAGGGACUCUACAGUGCAAAAGUACGUACAAGCUCAAGCAAGUGUCUUUUCUCAUGUGGCGAGUUGGGGUUGGUUUUUUUGGACAUUACAAUUCGAGUAUGGUGAUGGGGGUGAAUGGGGGUUAGCUCCCAUGAUGCAAAGAGGGAAUCUACCAAAACGUCCUCACGAUGAUGGGUUCCAAAUCGAUAAAAGGAAAAUAGACUCUAUAAUUCAAGAACAUGAGGGUUAUUGGGAUGGUAAGGGUAAGAACUUCGAACACUGGAGAUUCGAGGAUGGUUUAAAUACGGCCGUGAACGACAUAAUUGCUUUCAGAAAAUUUGACAGUUCUUUAAUUGGGAGAUGGCAUUCCUGGAAAUCGCAAAGAAGAGCCGAAUACAUCUCUGCCAAGAAAGACAGUAAAUUCAUGUGGGAGUGGGAUCAAGGCUACCAACGUGGAUUAGACGAGUUCAAUAGGUAUUAA